GAAGCCCAUGUUUUAACUUAUUCCCUACUCUUCUUCUCUCUCAUAUGUACCCUCAAACUUCACAGAACCAAAAUUAUAACACUUUCUCUUUCUUACUCGCUCUCUCUUUCUACUUCGUUCCUUCUCAGGUUGUUGUUAUUUGUGAGUGAUAUAUCAUGGGUGACUCGCAGUAUUCUUUCUCUCUUACAACGUUUAGUCCUUCUGGAAAGCUUGUUCAGAUUGAGCAUGCUUUGACUGCUGUUGGUUCAGGACAAACUUCGCUUGGAAUUAAAGCUGCAAACGGAGUUGUCAUUGCAACAGAGAAGAAACUGCCAUCGAUAUUGGUCGAUGAAGCAUCAGUCCAGAAAAUCCAGUUAUUAACACCAAAUAUUGGUGUUGUAUACAGUGGAAUGGGACCUGAUUUCAGAGUUUUGGUACGAAAAAGCAGGAAACAGGCUGAGCAGUAUCACCGAUUAUAUAAAGAACCAAUCCCUGUCACUCAACUUGUAAGGGAAGUUGCCGCCGUCAUGCAGGAAUUUACUCAGUCUGGUGGUGUUAGGCCUUUUGGAGUGUCCCUGCUUGUUGCUGGGUUUGAUGAUAAUGGACCACAAUUAUAUCAGGUUGAUCCAUCUGGUUCAUACUUUUCUUGGAAAGCUUCUGCUAUGGGGAAAAAUGUUUCCAAUGCCAAGACAUUUCUUGAGAAGAGGUACACAGAUGAUAUGGAGCUUGAUGAUGCAGUCCACACAGCAAUUUUGACACUGAAGGAAGGGUUCGAGGGACAGAUCUCAGCAAAGAACAUCGAAAUUGGCAUAAUUGGUGAAGACAAGAAGUUCAGGGUAUUGACACCAGCUGAAAUCGAUGAUUAUUUGGGUGAAGUAGAAUAAACUGCAAUGAACCAUCAUCAUUAUGUUCCCGAAAUUAAUGUUUGUUUAAUGGUUGAGUUUAACUGAAUUUCAAGAUGGGUUGAUAAAUGAAGACUUGUGAUGGCACUGUCCAAACUUGUGAGCUACUCUUGUGGCCAGCAAGUCUUCUGAAAAACUUUUCCGCUAAGCCAUCAGAAUCACCAUACAAACUUAGCUUGUUUGAAUAUAUGAUACGACAACGGCUUUUUAGUGAAAACAUUCUAAUUUAUUAUUUUCCUUUUAUUA